GAAUUUCAGUCGGCAUCUGUUCGAAGAGAAGUGGGUGGGUGCCAGGAUGAUACUUUGCAACAUGAUGCCCUUGUCGAUUCGGUCUUUGAUGUCCUUACUUUGUUAACUGGCCAUCUUUGUCCACUACAUGACUAUCAGAAGCAACAUGAAAAGGCAAAUCAGCUGCUGCUCACGCGGCUCGGCUUCCAGCUGCGCCGACAGCCGAGCCGUGCGCCCGGCGCCGGCGAAGGGGUGGUCGUGGCGCGCGGCGUCGUGCCGGCCGGCGCCGUCUGCUGCUGGUACCCGGGCACCGUCUACCUGCCCGGCGACCCGCUGCUGCUCGCCUCGCUCGCCAACCCGUUCGUGUUCGGCUGCGCGGACGGCGUGCACGUGGACGGGCGCGGUGGCGGCCUGAGCGGGCUGCUGUUCGGCUCGUGCGCUGGCCGCGAUCACCUGGGGCCGUUCCCGGCGGCCGACCGGUCGUGGCGCGGCCGCUGGCCCGCCAACCCGCUCGCCGUCGGCCAGUUCGUCAACAACCACGGCCCCGGCUUCCCCAGCAACGUCUGCUACCAGGAGGUGGACCUGCCUGCAGUGCCGUACCCGUUGAGGCGGUACCUGCCGUACGCCUGGUACCGGGCGCGGGUGCCGCCCCCGCUGCGAGUGGUGGUGCUGGUCGCCCUGAGGGAGAUCUCAGCUGGCGAGGAGCUCUUCUCGAACUACUUCACUGUGGUGCAGGAUAGGUGAUGUUGCUGGAACUGAAACAGCCGCCGUUAUUUCUAGUCAGCUCACUCCAUCUGGGCAGUUUACAUAAGUGGGAUGGUGCUACGCCACAGCUUUGAUAAUCGGGUUCUUAUGUAUCUGUCGUAUUGCUGGAAUCGCAAAAAUGUAUGAAACAAAUAUAUGCGAGUUUUGUUA